CUUGCCGCACACUAUUGCUUUCCUUGUCUAGCGUCAUUAGACAAGGAGUGCACUAGCGUACGACAAGGACAGACAUACAUAGCGAUAGACAAGGAGGGCGAUAGUGUGUGACAAGGACAGACUUAUUCGCUCAGUAGACAAAGAGGGCAACAGCGUGCGAUAAGGACAAUAUGCUUUAGUUCUGGCACCUAUCCUAGGGGUGAUCCACAAGGUGGAUGCUUAAUGAUUUAAUUUGAACUAAUCAUGUGAUGUCAACUAUCUUGUUGUUGGCGGAAUAAUGCAACUAAUAGUACAAAGCCAUCUCAAAAAAAGAUAUCAACGUAUUUCAUGAAAGUUCCUUCAGAAAAUAGCACAGUGGAAACCAGUGUCACAAACAAUGGAAUGCAAAGAAAGAGGAAAAUUUCAGAAGAUGUAGACUUGUUACAAGUGAAACUUACAAAGUAUGAUAAUGUUUCAAAUGUAUGUAAUAUUAUGCAAGAUACACAUCAAAUACAUUCGCGUUCAAAUGAAGCGAAUGUAAUUCAUGAUGUGUUCAGUAAUUUUAGUAGAAAUAACAGUCAAAAAGAAAAUAUAACUAAUGAUUAUGAAUAUAUAAGUACAAUAUGUAAAUUGAAUGAAAAGCAGAUAAUGACAAGUAACACAUUACAAGCAAAUAAAAGUGACAAGCUUGUUAAUUUGAAGAAAUCUGUGUCCACUAAUGUAAAACAUGAUGGAAUUCAUUCAGAAUUAGAAUCAUUCUUUGCAAAUGAUUUUAAAGGUUGUUUUGAGGAAGAAUGGUGUACAGAUUCCAGUCAAAUUAACUUUAAAUCCUUACAAAGGUGUAAAGUUAUUGAUGUACAAAUGGAAUGCAAUAGUAUAAUAUUAACAGUAAAACAAGAAGACAAUGAAACAUGUAAUGCAACUGUUAGGUGUUCAGAUUUCUGGAAAAACACCAAAGUGCAAAAAGAUGAUAUUGUUGUCAUUGAAGCACGGAAAGAAAACAAUCAGUGGAUUAUAGAUAAUAGUAGUGGUUUUCUUAUUGUUAAUCCAGACAUAUUAAUAUCUGGAACAACAAUAGCUGGUGCUCUAUUUUGUGAACGGAAGGCAGUUUUAACUGAGAGGUUCAGAAAGAUGGAAAAUCUGCCUUAUUUUGAGGGAGAUCAAACACCACUUGUUAUUGGAAUCUUAGUUCAUGAACUAUUGCAAACUGCAAUACAAAAAAAUAUUUACGAAAUAAAAGGUAUUACAAAGUUAAUGGACAACAUAUUGCAGACCAAAGACACAAGUAGUUUACUUUAUGCAUCAGAUAUAUCUUUAGAUACUUGUAAGCAACAAAUGCUCCCAUAUGUAUCAAAGAUACACGAAUUUAUACAACAUUAUUUGAAUGAUAAAACACAGCAAAAAAUAAAUAAUAUGAAAAAUAACUUUAGAGGUAGAAUCACUCACAUUCAUGAUAUAGAAGAAUCUAUUUGGCAACCGAAAUUAGGCAUAAAAGGGAAGGUAGACAUUACUGCAGAAGUCAAGAUAAAUUCUAAACGGAAAAUUAUGCCCAUUGAAAUCAAGACAGGAAAACCUUCAUUUUCUUUAGAACAUAAAGGACAAAUUAUUCUUUAUAUCAUGAUGAUGAGUCUUACAGGUCAAGAUACAGAUACGGGUCUUUUACUAUAUCUUAGGGAAAAUGAUAUGCAAGAGAUUAAUAGUAGCCAUCCUGAGAAAAGAGAUUUGAUGCUAUUAAGAAACUCUUUAGCUACUUACUUUAUUCAAAAAUCACCUGAGAAGUUAUCCAAUCUAACGUCUGAAUCAGGUUGGCAAAUGUUAGAACUGCCAGAGCCAAUUAAUCAUCACAGUGCUUGUUCAAAAUGUGUUUACAAUACAUUAUGCUGUAUAUACUUGAGCAAAGAUUCUAACAUACAGUUACCUGAAACACAUCCAUUAGUAGAGCUUGGAAAAAAAAUUUUGGAUAAAUUCAAACCUAGUCAUAUUGAUUAUGUAUUGCAGUGGAUUUCUUUAUUAGAGAUUGAAGAAAGCUCACAGUCAAGUGAUAAUACAAUGAAACAUCUGUGGACAUUAAGCCCAGAAAAGAGAGAAAUAAAGAAAACUUGUAUCUGUAAUUUGAAAGUGAUAGGACACGUUAUUAGUUACAACACAAAGUAUAAACACACUUUCAUUCGCGCAAAUUUAAAUGGACAAUUCUCAAGUACUAAUAUUCCAUAUACGGAAUUUUCAGAUAAUGAGUAUGUUUUAGUUAGUACAAACACCAGGAUAAAUAUUUCUGCGGGAUUUAUAAUAGAAAGAAAAGAAGAUUCUAUCACAUUGAUUUUAGAAAGAGAUGUGACCAAGUAUAAUACAAAUGAAUUAUUUCACAUAGAUAAGUACCAUUCGUCUUCUUUAUAUUCUAUUAAUCUUGCGAAUGUAGGAGGUUUGAUGAACGACAGUGAAAUUUGUGAAAGAUUACGAAAUAUCGUGAUAGAUAGAAAACAAGCAACUUUCGAAGAGGGUGUAUCACAUGCGGUUAUAACAAAAAGUGCUAAGAUAAUACAAAAUUUAAAUAAAAUUCAGCAAAGAGCAGUUCUAAAAGCGAUAUCAGCAAACGAGUACUUUCUGAUUAAAGGAAUGCCAGGUACAGGGAAAACGCAAACAGUAGUUGCUCUAGUAGAAGUUUUACACAAAAUAGGACGAUCCGUAUUAAUUACCGCACAUACAAACAGUGCUGUAGACAAUAUUUUAUUGAAACUGUUGGACAAGCGCAUUGAUUUCUUAAGAUUGGGAUCAUCUUUCCAUCCAUCUUUAAGAUGUAAAAGCGAAAUAUAUGCCACAUCAAAUUGCCACUCUCCGAGUAGCUUAGAAGCGGUGUAUUCUGGCAAAAAUAUUAUUGGCACAACUUGUUAUGGUGCCCAUCACGUACUUUUUGGGAAACGUACAUUUGAUGUAUGUAUCGUGGACGAAAGUACUCAGGUAUGGCAACCCACUGUAUUACGUCCGUUAUAUAAUGCGAAGAAGUUUAUUCUUGUGGGAGAUCCUGAUCAAUUGCCUCCAAUUGUUAAGAACAGAUUAGCCAGAAAACUGGGUGCAGAUGAAUCUUUAUUUGCUCGUCUGGAUAGUGAAAAUAAUACUAUUAAAUUAACGAAACAGUACAGAAUGAAUAAAAGUAUAAUGCGUAUAGCAAAUAAGUUAACAUAUAAUGACAUGUUAAAAGCAGGCGAUGUCUCCGUAGAAAAUGCUACUUUCGUCAGUCAGUGUCAUGAAGUUUUAAUAAAAGAAGCAGAAUGGAUACAGAAGGCAUUGUCAUCUGACAUAAAUGAUUCUGUAAUCGUACUAAACACAGGUCAUACUAAUAAGUUGAAAGAAAAUUAUGAUUUGAGUGGAAAAUAUCUAGAUAUUGAUGAAGUAAACUCAAACAUUUGGGAAGCUGCUGUAGUAUCUAAACUAGUGAAAACUCUUUUAAAGAUGAAUGUGAGACUUGAUAAUAUUGGCGUCAUCGCACCGUACAGAGCACAUGUUAACUUAUUGAAGAAAAUUGUUACUCAAGAUAUAGAGAUAAAUACUGUCGAUCAGUAUCAAGGACGUGAUAAAGAAAUUAUAAUUUAUUCGUGCGCAAAAAGCCUGAAUAAACCUGACGAUAUAAAAGAGGAUCUCGAAGUACUAGGGGACCAUCGACGAUUGACUGUUGCAAUAACAAGAGCAAAACACAAAUUAAUUGUUAUUGCAGAUAAAAGUACUGUAUCUCGGUACUCGGUAUUUAAAAAAUUAUUUAAUCUUGUCGAAGAUAAAAAUACAAUAAAUUUAACGGACAAUUGUGAUGGGUUUUACUGGAAAAAUCUUGUAUGUACUUUAUAACAUAUUUCGCAACUUUUUUUCGCAUCACGAAUUUGUUACGACAAGAAAUGAUAUUAAAACGACAUUGCAUGAUAUUUUAUUUUGUAUAUUGCAUCUUUUUUAUAUUUCCAUGAAAUAUUU